AUGGACUACCAGGUUGUGUUGAGCUCGGUCGCGUCCGCGCUCACAUUUGACUACGAUGCUCCGGUGCCGUUAUGGCGGGAUGCACGUCUCGUGCCAGCAUAUGUCGCGGCGCUGUCGGCAGUAGUCUCUCUUGUCACUGCGGCCAUCACCGCCAUCCGAAGGGCGCGACGUGACGAAGAACGUACGGCUACAGUCGGCGUCCGCGGGUUUGUGCACCAACAUGGAGGGAUCACCAUCUACCUGUUCAAACUCGCUCGCGCUGUUACAACCUUCGCGCUCCUAUCACUCUAUGUCGUCGACGCGGUGCGGCGCCAGGAACUCUUGAACCUGCUUCUGGGCGUUACCUAUCUCUACGCGUCCGGUCUGGCACUCCUCACCGUCGCCGUCCGAGCGCCGUUGGCGCGCACGGCAUCACCUCAUCUGGUACUCAUUCUACUUGCAUCAUUCGCGGUGUAUGCCUACAGAGACCUAUGGCCGCUCAUGACCUACACUCUGUUACCUGCCGACCGCCAGGAGGGCGUUCUGCUUUGGAUCAAAGUCGCACUGGUCACAUUUGCCGGCGUCCUCAUUCCUUUGACCGUCCCUCGCGCAUACAUCCCUCUGGAUCCCGAGAACCCCUCUCCCGAACCCAACCCGGAGCAGACCGCGUCCAUUCUCUCUCUCAUCACCUUCUCCUUCCUCGACAAGCACAUCUUCUUGGCGUACCGUCUACCUCAUCUCGGCUUCGACCUGUUACCGGCUAUCGCAGACUACGAUCGCACAGCUCACCUGGUAAAGCGUAGCUUCAAGCAUCUGGACCCGUUCUCGGGGGCGCCAAAAAGCCAUAUGUUCUGGGCUCUGUUAAGAGUGUUCUCUUGGGAAUAUACAAUGCUGACGGUCAUCAUGAUUGUGCGUGCCGGCGCCGUCUUUUUCGCUCCUGUUGGUAUCAACCGUUUGCUUGCCUACAUCGAGACUGGCGGUGAAGGAGCCACUGUGCGUCCAUGGGUGUGGAUCUCGCUCAUGUUCUUCGGUCCUGCCGUCUCUACGAUUCUCAUGCAGCUGUACACCUGGAUCACCACAGCGACCCUUGUGCGCAUCGAGGGCAUGAUCACCCAGCUCAUCUUCGAGCACUCUCUUCGGAUCCGCAUGAAGGCCGAGGUCUCCGGCUCCACCCCCGCGCCCUCCGCCGCUCCCACGCCUGACACCGCAUCACUUGCCGGUGACGCUGAUACCGUUGUCGGCGAAGACGUGAGCCACAUCGGCGAGGCGAGCAGCACUACCGUUGCCGAGAGCUCGGGUUCUAGUGACAAGGAGUCCAAGGCGGCAGCCGCGGACGAGGAGAAGGGCGACAACCUGGUAGGGAAGAUCAACAACCUUGUCGCAGUGGAUCUUGACAACAUCGUCGAUGGUCGCGAUUUGGCUCUGCUUUUCGUCUUCACUCCGGUCUCUAUCGCUGCAUCGGUCUACUUCUUGUACCUGGUUCUCGGCUGGAGCGCCUUCGUCGGUGUAGCCGUGAUGAUCGCCUGCUUGCCUCUUCCCGGUUGGGUGGCAAAGCUGAUCCAGUCUAUCCAAGAGACCGCGAUGAAAAAGACGGAUGCGCGUGUGCAGACAGUGACGGAGAUGCUUGGCGUUUUGCGCAUGAUCAAGCUCUUCGGUUGGGAGCAGAAGAUCGCGGAUAGGCUUGCCCUCAAGCGAGACGAGGAAUUGAAGUGGAUCAAGUCGCGCGAGCUUGCAACGCUCGCGACGGACAUUCUGAACCACGUCAUUCCCUUGUUCCAGAUGGUGGCGACAUAUGCGGUGUACACACUGGUCAUGAAGAAGGACCUCACCGCCUCGAUCGUCUUCUCGUCCAUCGCUGUCUUUGAUAUACUUCGCGACAACUUGCAGAUGACGUUUUUCUUCAUAUCCCCUCUCAUCCAAGCCAAGGUCUCGCUGGACCGUGUCACCGAGUUCUUGCAGAAGACCGAGCUAUUGGACCACUACACGGAGCAGCUCAAUCACGAGGACGUUAUGCAAGAUCCAACCGAGACGACUGGUGCUCCCGACGACAAGCUGACCAUCGGCAUCAACGACGCGUCCUUCACCUGGUCCGCAACUUCGACCGACGGAUCACUCACACCUUCUCGCCGGACCUUCACUCUGCGCGUCCCCGACAAACUCGAGUUCAAGCGCGGUGCUGUCAACCUCAUCGUCGGUCCCACUGGGUCUGGAAAGACGAGCUUGCUCAUGGCGCUUCUCGGAGAGAUGCACUUCAAGCCGCUUACGCCAGAGGCUUGGGUCAACCUUCCACGAGAGGGUGGGAUCGCCUAUGCCGCGCAAGAGAGCUGGGUGCAGAACGAGACUAUCCGCGACAACAUCCUGUUCGGCGCGCCUUACAACGCGGAUCGCUACAAGAAGGUGAUCUACCAGUGCGGUCUCAAGCGCGACUUGUCCUUGUUCGACGCCGGCGACAAGACCGAGGUCGGCGAAAAGGGCUUGACUUUGAGCGGUGGCCAGAAAGCCCGGAUCACUCUUGCCCGCGCCAUCUACUCAUCUGCGGAGGUCUUGUUGCUUGACGACGUUCUUGCCGCCCUUGACGUGCACACUGCGAAGUGGAUCGUUGAGAAGUGCUUGAAGGGCGAGCUCGUGCGCGGUCGUACGGUCAUCCUUGUCACGCAUAAUGUUGCUCUCGCCGGCCCUAUCUCAGACUACGUCGUUGCGUUCCAUAGCGACGGUGUCAUCGCGGCUCGCGGUUCAUACUCCGACGUGCUCGCCAAGGACAAGGAUCUUGCAAAAGAAGCGAAGGAGGACGCACAGGCUCUCGAGAAGGCAGAAGAGGAGAUCGACGAGGCCGAUGACGAUCUCGACACCGUAAUUCGCAAGUCAGAUGGUAAACUCAUCGUCGAGGAAGAGGUCGCCGAGGGACACGUCUCUUUCAAAGCUCUGAGCAUAUUCUUCUCCGCACUUGGUGGGAACCACGGGACACUGUUCUGGAUAGCCUUCCUCGGCGGUGUCACCAUGAGCGAUGUCUUCGUAAACACUCAAACAUACUGGAUGGGUCGCUGGGCGGAUGCGUACAACAACGCUGGUUCUGGCACGCAUGUUAGCGCGGUCUUCUAUCUUGGCGUCUUUUGCCUAUUCGUCCUGGGGUCCUCCGUCUCGUUCCUCACCGGCAUUUGGGUGUACACUCUCGGCGUCAUUCGUGCUGCCAGGAAGAUUCACGCGCAGCUUAUGGACGCCAUCCUCGGUACGACACUACGCUUCCUUGACUCGACGCCUACCUCGCGCAUCAUCACACGGGCAACUAAGGACAUUCAUGCUGUCGACGGUCCUUUCGCUACCGAGUUCAAGUGGCUCGUUCAGGUCUCGGCGACCAUGAUCAUCAAACUCAUCGCCGUCGUCAUCGUCACCCCCACCUUCCUCGUUCCCGGCCUUCUCGUCUUCGUUAUCGGCCGUUGGUUCGGCAAUGUGUACAUGGCUGCACAGCUUUCUGUCAAGCGUGAGAUGUCGAACAAGCGCGCGCCCGUACUCGGCCACUUCGGUGCCGCCAUCGCCGGUAUCACAUCCAUCCGCGCUUAUGGUGCCCAGCACGCUUUCCGCUUGGAGUCGUACAGGCGCAUCGAUGACUACACGCGUGCUGGUCGCACAUUCUACAAUCUGAACCGCUGGAUCAGUACUCGCAUCGACGUCGUCGGUGGCCUCUUCUCGGCGGCCCUUGGUGCUUACCUCGUCUACGGUCCAUCCAACGGCAGUGCCUUGCCAUCCAACGUCGGCUUCUCUUUGACUAUGGCCGUUGGUUUCAGCAGCAUGAUCCUGUGGUGGGUGCGGAUUUACAACGACUUCGAGGUCAAGGGCAACAGCCUCGAGCGUCUGCAAGGAUAUAUGGUCAUCGAACAGGAGCCGAAGCCUGUUGAAGAGAAGAAGCCCGCGGCUGCAUGGCCGACGAGUGGCGAUCUGCGUGUCGAGGGUCUAUCUGCGCGGUACUCUCCAGACGGUCCCAAGGUUCUCCAUGAGAUCUCCUUCCACGUCAAGUCUGGCGAACGUGUGGGCAUUGUCGGACGUACAGGUAGCGGGAAGAGUUCUUUGACACUCUCGCUACUGCGGUGUAUCUUCACCGAGGGCGAUGUCUACUACGACGGCGUCAACACCGCGAACCUCAACCUCGACGUACUUCGCACGAAUGUCACGAUCAUCCCUCAAGUGCCGGAGCUGUUGAGUGGCACGUUGCGCGAGAACCUGGACCCGUUCGGGGAGCACGAUGAUGCGGUGCUCAACUCCGCUCUCCGCGCCUCGGGUUUGUUCUCGCUGCAGAGCGAGACCGAUGAUGGCCGCAUCACGCUCGACUCGCAGAUCUCGAGCGGCGGCGGUAACUUGAGUGUCGGUCAACGCCAGAUCCUAGCGCUUGCCCGCGCUCUUGUGCGCGGUAGCAAGCUACUGAUCUUGGACGAGGCGACGUCGUCAAUUGACUACGAGACGGACACCAUCAUUCAGUCUUCGCUCCGCAACGAGCUCGGUGGCGACGUGACACUGCUCACGGUUGCUCACCGCCUGCAGACCAUUAUGGAUGCCGACAAAAUUAUGGUGCUUGAUGCCGGUCGCAUUGUGGAGUUCGAUAGCCCAAGGGUGCUGGUGAAGAAGGAAGGCGGCUUCUUCAAGUCACUCGUUGAUGAGAGUGGCGACAAGGACGCGUUGUAUGCUAUGAUUAGCAAGUAA